GUGAUUUCCACGCCACGUCGACAUCAUCAUGCUCAAGGUGCACCGCAAAGCAGGGGAGCUUCUCUUGGAAGACUGCCGAAAAGGGGACUCCAGCUGGCUGCGCGUGAGUCUUCCUUCGUCCAAGGUGGACAAAGUGAGCGGCGGGGAUGCUUUCGCAUCGUCGAAGCCGUUGAUCGACCUCGAAGAAGUGGCGCGAGUGAAGGACGCAUCCGACGAGCCACCCGUGGAAGUCAAAGCGUUGUACGGCGUGUACUCGCUUCUAUCGGGGCCGUACUUGGCGUUCAUCAAGGACAAUGCUCGCGUCAUCGGCAAAGGACCCAACGACGAAAGCAUCUACCAAGUGCUUGAGCUCGAGUUCAUCCCCGUGUCCGAGCACGCGGAGCGCCACUUUCAGUCUCACGCGAGCAAGCAGGAGAAGCGCGACCAGUCCAUCUACCUCAACAUGCUCAAGACGAUCGGGAAGACCAAGAUGUUCUACUUCUCGUUCGAGUAUCCGCUCACGUUAUCGGCCCAGCGCCACGCGUUGGCGACGGCGUCCGCAGCCAAAUUGCCCGCCCAUGCGCGCGCCGACGAGUCGUUCUUCUGGAACAAACCUGUGUUGGAACCAUUCCUGCACUCCAAGAUCAAGCUCGAUCGGUGGAUUGUGCCUGUGAUCAACGGGUUCGUCAAAGUGGUCAAAGGAGUGGUCAUGGCCGCCAACACGGCACCGGUCGACUUUUUCUUUUUCACGCGGCGCAGCUGGCACCGCGUGGGCACGCGCUUCAACGUCCGCGGCGUCGACAAGGACGGCCACUGCGCCAACUUUUCCGAAACUGAGAUGAUUGUGCAGAAGGGCGACGGCGGCCUCUGCUCGUACGUCCAGAUCCGGGGGUCAAUUCCAUUGUACUGGGACCAGAUGGUCACGCUCAAGUACAUGCCCCGCACGCGGUAUGCGUACAGCCAGUCGGACUUGAUUGACUGGAACGAGCUCGCUUUCCGAGCGCAUUUCGACAACGUGAUUGCCAAGUAUGGCCAUGUCACGGUGCUCAACUUGAUCGACAGGAAUGGCAAGUCGGCCACGGUGCGCGACCAAAACCAGCUUGGGUCGGCGUUUCAAAAGUACACGAAAAAGUACAACCAGAACCAAAGCAGCGGACACGACGACGACGAGAACGUCAUGACGUCGACGUCGUCGUCGCCGUCGUCCGCGGCGGCCUCGCUCCGGCUACGCAAAGCGUCGUCGACGGUAAAGGACUCGAUUUCUGCAGCGUCGUCCACGUCAUCUUCGUUGUUUGCGCAACCCAUUGCGUACAUUUGGUUUGACUUUCACGACGAGUGCCGCAAGAUGCAGUGGGGCAACCUCGCAAAACUCAUGGAGUCAGCGUCCGAGUGUUUUGCCAAGUACGACUGGUUCGAAGUCGACGCCGACGGCCGCGUGCUCAAGAAGCAGAAGGGCGUGUUCCGCGUCAACUGUAUGGACAACCUGGACCGGACCAACGUCGUCAUGAGCCUCGUGGCGCGGCGCACGAUGCUGCUGUGCCUGCGCCUCGAUUCGAACGACAUGUCGUGGCUCGACUCGCCCUUUGACCAGUUCGAGUCGUUCUUCAAAAAUGCAUGGGCAGACAACGCCGACGCAGUCUCCGUCAUGUACGCGGGCACGGGCGCGCUCAAAACCGACUUUACCCGCACGGGCAAGCGAACCCUCGCCGGCGCGCUCCAAGACGGCAUCAACUCGGUCACUCGGUACUACCUCAACAACUUUACGGAUGGCAUCCGUCAAGACUCGCUCGACUUGUUUGUUGGCAACUUUACCGCCGACCGCCGCACCGACAGUCCGUUCACGGUCCAGCAGCAAAACACGUUUGUGUUUAUGCUGGCGGAAGUACUGCUCUUGGGCAUCUUUCUCACCGGCGUGUCGCUGUCUUUGCAUUGGAACGAAGACAUCCGCAUCCGCCUCCGAGACGGUGUCGCAGCUGCCGCGGUUGGUCUUGUGGUCCUCGCGGGCUUGUUGCUCAAGAAAGGAUCGUUUCGAUCCGUGGGCCGACACUGCGUGUGCAAGCCUGCGUUUUGCUCGACGGGGUACAUCCGGAGACCGGAAGGGGCGAAGUAGAAGUAGGCUUUGGGUGCACUUCAUCUAUAAACUGUCUACUUUACACGCGUGCUAACAGCUAGUUCGCAAUGUUCAAGCGCAAAAUGGCAUGGAACUAACAAGCCAGUGUAUUUGUCAGUGACGAGGUUGUCUUGCUGUUAACGCUAUUGUGAAGCUUUACACUUGGU